UAAAGGCUUAUUCGAAUCCAUCCCUUAUUCUCUCUCUUUAGCGACUGGAACUGAGUCCAAUUUUACGUAAAACAAAUCAACACCAUGAUGAAGAUAGUUUAUACAGUCUGUUACUUGGCGCUAAUUUUCUCCCUGGGAGCAUGUACUGUUACGGAUAUUGAACCACAGAUUAAUGAAGAAGACAUCGUAGAUUUCAGAGCCAUUUUGAAGGACGUGAUAAAAAAGCUUGACGUUGAUCGAAUGUUCGACAAUUACGUAGCAGAUAUCGGACCUUUAAAUUUUCCCAAGACAGGCGAUAUUCAAAAAGUACAAGCUUUGGAAUGUUCGUGGAAAGGAGCUUCCGGAAGAUGCUGCGCCAAGCUGACUAGGGCUCCUCGUUUGUGUUUACGCAUUAAGCUAAGCAGUGGUGAAAUUGCAAUACAGAUAAGACUUUAUCUUUUCACAAUUUUUUCGGAAAAAAUCCACGGCGCUGGAACUAAGACCUUCUAUUUUCCUUUUGGGCCCCUAAAAUACUGGUUAACAGUCUCCGUGAAAAGCAUCACAGAUCAUUUCGCCAACGCGUGUUUCAGUCUCAAAUACAAAGUAUUUAGGAUUGUACGGAACGAAUCUCUGGGUUGUUUUAGCAAAAAAUUCUGAAUAGAAAACCAUCAAUAACAAAACGAACCGAGUCCACUAUUCACGCUUUUAUGAGAAGAUUGAAACAAAAAUUUCUCGAAGGUCGAAGGACUGACUUAUGACGAAGAAAAUUUCAUGGAAAAAUUGGAAUGAGUCAAAAAAAUAAAAAUGAUUUAUAUAUUCCGUGCAUCAUUAAUCCGCUAUGAUUAAUGGAGAACUGAUAGAGGAUUAUCCUAUUUGGAAGGGGAUUAGAGUUUUGUAAUUCUUUGAAAUAAAUAAAUGUCUUUCCUCAAAAGUCUCAAGCCUACAAGAA